AUGGGAUACUUCAAUAGCGAUAAGCGAAUUCUACGUAUAGCCGCCGAAACCAUGGAAAUGCGGCGGAUGCUUGAGUAUGAGGAAGAGGAUGUGGAAGGAUACAUCGUGAAUCUCCUUUCGCAUAAUUUUCAAGGAAGGGCGCGUAUUAUUUUGACGCCAGAGUUGGAAGAAGAGAGGAGAGAAAUCCCGCUCAUCCAACUCUCGUCGGAAUUCGAUAUAUACUCUCCUGUUUAUCGUGAAGAAGAAGAAAGAGAAAAUCAUGUGGAAGAGCAGGAGGAGGAGGAAGAGGAGGAGGAAACUCAGAGGUUGGGAGAAGAAGAAGAAGAACACGAGGGAGAAGAAAAUCGAGAAGAUGAGAGAAAUAAUAGCGUAACUCUUGCAGAAGUGUACAUGAUCGUGGAGUCGCAACGAGGAGGAGGAGGAGGAGGAGGAGGAGGACGAGUCACCGCAGGUCAUCAGGAGGAGGAGGAAGUGCCUGCAGAAAUUGAGUUAGAGAAGACGGAAGAAAUUCCCAAGGAGAACAGAGAGGAGAAACAGGAGAGGGAAGAGGAGAAAGAAGAGGAGGUUGUGCAGGAAACUACGCCAGAGAUCAAUCGUUCUCUGAAACCGCGGAAUCAUUUGUGUUUCAUGCAACCUCUUUCUCGCGAAGGUAGAUCCUCCGAUGACGAGUCAGUCGGAGAUUCUCCCGCAAUCGUGAGAGAGAAUGAAUGUGAUAACACAAAUGCGAGUGAUCAAGAACAUCAAAAGGGACGAACAGCCUCCGUGUUCUACGAUUGCGAAACGCGACAGAACGAAUCGAUGAAUGGCACCGAAAUAAAGAUCCACGUUCCAACGCUCUGCAUCGCGCAACAAAUUUGCGAUUCGUGCGCGGAAGUUCACGAUCUAUCGCAACACUGCCGCUGGUGCGGCGCUCAUGAAUUUGUUUUUCGUCGAGAUCCGGUAGGGGAAUUUGUCGAAUGUGUAACACGACCCACAAAAAAUUUCACUCGCAUUAUUUGUAUAGCGCACAACGCGAAAGCUUUCGACGCACAGUUCAUUUUCCGUUUCAUAGUCGGAAAUCAUUCUGGAUUAGAACCUAAAGUGAUUUUAAACGGUACAAAAAUUAUCGUUUUGACAGUAGGACGUACAAAAUUUAUCGAUAGUAUUAAUUACAUGCCGAUGCGUUUGUCGGAAUUACCGAAGGCCUUCGGGUUGCCGGAUACUUGCGACAAAGGCAUCUUUCCGCAUCUUUUUAAUAUUCGCGAAAAUCAAACAUACGUAGGACCUCUACCAGACGUUGACUAUUAUGCACCCGAAACAAUGCAACCUGAGGAACGCGAACGUUUCCUUGCGUGGCAUGCGGAAAUGACGAGACAAAACACCGUAUUCGAUUUCCAGCGUGAAAUUGUCACUUAUUGCCGUACAGACGUAAAUAUUCUUCGGCGAGCAUGCCUGUCAUUUAGAAAAAUAUUUUUAGAACAUGGAAACGUGUGCCCAUUCGCGGAAUGCACGACUAUCGCCUCGACGUGUAUGAGAGUUUUUCGAAAAAACUUUCUGCGUAAAGAGGAAAUAGAUAUCAUUCCGACGGGUGGCUAUAGAAUGAAUGACAAUCAGUCGCGCAAAGCCGUACAGUGGUUGAUUUUGAAGGAGCGUGAGAUCGGUUGUCGUAUAAUUCACACGGGACAUGGUCGUGAAUAUAGAUUAACGGAAGGGAUGCUCGUCGACGGAUAUUACGAGUGUGAGAACGCUGGUGAGACGCAACGUUACGUAUUGCAGUUCCACGGUUGCUUCUUUCACGGAUGCCCGACUUGCUAUCGAAUAAAUCGCGAUGAAAAAAUCGGACAGAAUUCGAAAGAUACGCUUGACGCGCGUUAUGAACGAACGAUUGCAACAACCUGGCGGGUACGGUGUGGACAUAUCGUGAUGGAAAAAUGGGAAUGCGCUUUUGACGAGGAAAUGCACGCGGAUCGGGAGGUGCGUGAAUUCGUCGAGAAACACCCGAUGAUACAAAUCGCACCUCUCGAUCCUCGUGAUGCGUUUUUCGGUGAGCGUACUGGCAAUAUCGUGACACGAUACGCGGUUGAGGGUAACGAGAAGAUACGUUACGUAGACGUAUGUUCUUUGUACCCUUAUAUUCUCAAAACUGGUGUUUUUCCAAUUAAGCAUCCUGACAUCUUCGUAGGAGAUGAAUGUAGUGUGCUAAUUGGAGAAGCACCAAAUUUCAAUUUCGAUCGGGUUACGGGACUCGUGCGUUGUUGUGUGCUGCCCCCGCGCGACCUUUUUCAUCCUGUUCGCAUCCGUGGGAAAUUAUUAUUCUCGCUUUGUCGCACAUGCUGCGAAACAUUUUCUCAAUCUGCUUGCGCUCACGACGAACCAUCGGAACGUGAGUUUGAGGGCACGUGGGUGUCGUGUGAAUUGCGCAAAGCAGUUGAGAAAGGUUAUCUCGUGACACGGGUAGAUGAAAUUUGGCAAUACCAGUGUACGAAAGGGUUGUUUGCCGGGUAUAUUAACACCUUCUUACAAUUGAAGCAAGAAGCGAGGGGGUGGCCUAGCGAGUGCGAGGGCGAUGAAAUUGCGAAAGAACGUUACCUUCGAGAGUAUGAAGCAACAGAGGGUGUCGUUCUUGAUAAAAAUAAUAUCACAUGAAAUCUCGGAUUACGCUCCGUCGCCAAACUUUGUCUCAAUUCGUUUUGGGGAAAAUUCGGUCAGCGGACAAACCUCGCGAAUACCGAAGUAGUAAGAA